AUGGCUUCAACGAUUCAUAAUCCCACCGAUUCUCAUACACUUAUGGUGCCUAUGUCUGUUCAUCACUUGGCGAUCCAAGAAUUUGCUGGCAUUCUACACCACUACGAAGCGUAUAUGGAAGGCGUCCGACACCGCAAUACCCACCUGCAACAAGUAAUUGAUCAAUUACACACGAAGAUUGACGAAAUGCCGGAUUUCCAGCAGAAUCAAGAAAAAGUGGCACUUUCGGGCAAUUUGUCACCUUUGCUUGUUGUGAUGCAAGAUCGAUUCAGUGUUUGUCCACAGAUUCAUUCUCAUCAAUCUGGAGGUCGCGUGCAAGGACGUCCACUGGCUGUAGAGCGGGAUUUGAAGCUGUACACGCUGAACCACUAUUUUUUAACCAUAACUACUAGAAGGAGCUACGGUGCUCGAUUAAAGGAGACUCUGAAGCCCCAUGCUCGAAAGGAAAAGACGACGCAAUUUGGGGCCCAUCUUGUGGCUAAUUUGAAUGACGUCACAGAAGCAUUCAGCAACAAGAGCGACCGCUGCACAUACCAGAGCAAAUAUUAA